ACCUCGAGACUAGUGUUCAGAAACAGCUGAUCGUGCGAGGCAGAGCAUCACAUUCACAGUCCGCAAUGUCAUCCGAGGAGGUCGCACAGAAGCUGCAGCGCAGGCUGGACACCAAACCCGAGCCACCGGUGCACACAGGAGCGGACGAGGAGAAGGAGAGACCCGCUCCCGCUGCCGUGAACGGCGACGCCACCUCUGAACUGACGGAGAAACUCAACCGCAGGCUCGACAUCCAUGACGGCACGACGAAACCCAAGCAGAUGAAGGUCUUCAACCCCUACACCGAGUUUAAAGAGUUCUCCCGCAAACAGAUCAAAGACAUGGAGACAAUGUUCAAGAGAUUUGACUCCGGUAAAGACGGCUUCAUCGAUCUGAUGGAGCUGAAGCUGAUGAUGGAGAAACUUGGAGCUCCACAGACUCAUCUGGGGUUGAAGAACAUGAUCAAGGAGGUGGAUGAAGAUUAUGACGGCAAACUCAGCUACAGAGAGUUCCUGCUGAUCUUCCGGAGGGCCGCGGCAGGCGAGCUGCAGGAGGAGAGCGGGCUGAUGGCUCUGGCUCGACUCUCAGAGAUCGACGUCUCCACCGAGGGCGUUCUUGGAGCGAGGGACUUCUUUGAGGCCAAGGUUCAGGCUCUGUCUGUGCGCAGUAAGUUCGAGGCGGAGAUACGAGAGGAACAAGAAGAGAAGAAGAGGAUGGAGCUUGAAAGAAAAGAACGGCGUGCCGCGUUUAAAGAGCUGCAGUCGACCUUCUGUUCAUAAAACUCCUAAGAUCAUAAACAUAAACAAAGAUCUAUGCCUUUUAGAGAGCACAUUUGACUUGCACACAAGCACAAGCACGCAUGCACACACACUGCUUCUUGUACCUCACACAUAUAUGUGUAAUCAAAACCUCAGCGUAACACUGAACAAGUAUCAUUAGCGUUAUUAGUGGCGUACAGCUAUCCUGAAAUAUGCAUGAGGAAUUAGUUUCACUGGUGACGGCUGAAGCGAGAGAUGAAGCGAGUGAAAUUUCAGGAGUCUUGUAAUGUAGGACAUAAACAGAAUAAACUCUAAUAGACUAUUUUAAUCAUCUAAGCAACUAUAUAUUUUUAGAAAAAAGACGUUUAUUGUAAAGUGCUAAUCAUAAUUUUAAAUAGUUGGUGUCGUGGACUAAAUAUUGAUUAUGACCAACGGAGAAAAAAAAAAAAGGAAACAAAGGGUCAAGAAAUAUGUUUAUUUUUUAUAGAUUUGAAUCAUGCAUUUUGUUCUUUUUUCUUUUUGUUAGCUUUUUUUCUACAUAUUUGUCACCUAAAUAUAUGUUUGUUGUUAAGUUUUGGUAAAUUGUAUUUUAUCAGAUGUUCAUAAUAUCUACCUGUAACUCUCUUGUUUUUGCCAAUUACAUAAAGCCUAUUAAAGCCUG